UUUCAGAGAGACGUUCUCAAUCUAGAACCGAGUAAUGUUGCGAAUUGCGUGUCGAAAGGAAAAUCCGAGCACUUUGACUGCCGGAACCACAUACGAGUAAUCCAACCAAUGACCGAUGGUAACCGUCUGUACAUUUGUGGUACCAACGCACACUCGCCAAAAGACUGGGUGAUUUACAGCAACUUAACUCAUUUACCGCGACACGAAUUCGUGCCAGGUAUUGGAAUGGGUAUAGCCAAGUGUCCUUAUGAUCCCGCUGACAAUUCAACGGCAGUUUGGGUAGAAAAGGGCAAUCCUGGCAACUUGCCUGCCUUGUACUCCGGCACGAACGCAGAAUUCACCAAAGCGGACACUGUUAUAUUCCGUACCGAUCUGUAUAACUUGACCGACGGUCGCAGAGAGUACAGCUUCAAGAGAACACUCAAGUACGACUCCAAGUGGCUUGACAAACCAAACUUCGUAGGAUCAUUUGACAUUGGGACUCACGUUUUCUUCUUUUUCCGCGAAACCGCAGUGGAGUACAUAAAUUGCGGUAAAAGUGUGUACUCACGAGUAGCAAGAGUGUGUAAAAAAGAUACCGGAGGCAAGAACAUAUUGUCUCAAAAUUGGGCAACAUAUCUCAAGGCCAGGCUCAAUUGCUCAAUUCCGGGGGAGUUCCCUUUCUAUUUUAAUGAAAUUCAAAGCAUCUACAAAGUCCCAGGCGAUGACACACACUUUUACGGAACAUUCACAACGUCAACAAAUGGUCUGAUGGGCUCGGCCAUUUGUUCGUUCCACAUCGACGCCAUUCAAGAGGCAUUCCGUGGUAAAUUCAAAGAACAAGCUACAAGCAGCAGUGCUUGGCUUCCCGUACUGUCUAACAAAGUACCUGAGCCAAGACCAGGUCAAUGUGUUAACGAUACGGAAACAUUACCAGACACCGUUCUCAAUUUUAUAAGAUCUCAUCCGCUCAUGGAUUCUGCGAUUUCUCAUGAGAACGAAAAGCCCGUAUUUUUCAAACGUGACAUCAUGUUUACUAGACUAGUCGUUGAUAAGCUGAGAAUUGAUUUCAUCGGGAUGGAUCUUGAGUACACAGUCUACUAUGCUGGCUCAAGCGAUGGCAGAGUACACAAAGUUGUACAGUGGGUAGACAGCAAUGGAGAGUCCCAGUCAAUACUGCUUGAUGUAUUUGACGUAACUCCCGGUGAACCUAUUCAAGCGAUGGAGAUCUCUAAGGAACAUAAAGCCCUCUAUGUUGCCUCAGACCAUCGUAUAAAGCAAAUCGAUUUAGUUAUGUGCUCUCGGCGAUAUGAUAACUGUCUACGUUGCGUUCAUGAUCCAUACUGCGGCUGGGACAAAGACACUAAUGCUUGUAAACCCUAUGCACCAGGACUCCUUCAAGACGUUUCGAACAGCACCGCCGAUGUUUGCGACAGCAGCGUGGGAAAACGAAAGCUGGUGGUAACGUGGGGCCAAUCGGUGCAUCUGGGGUGCUUCGUAAAGAUGCCGGAGGUGUUGAUGAAUCAAGAGGUUAGGUGGUAUCACUACAGCAAAGAAAAAGGAAGGUAUCAGAUCGCGUACAAGUACGGCGCUGGAGGUGACAAGUUCAUUGAGACCUCCGAGAAAGGUCUUGUUAUUGUUGGUGUGAACGAACAGGAUGCGGGAAGAUAUGAUUGUUGGCUCGGAGGUGCUUUACUUUGUUCUUACAACAUCACCGUUGAUGCGCAUCGUUGUUCCGCACCAGCAAAAGCUGCUGACUAUCAGAAAAUAUAUUCUGACUGGUGUCAUGAGUUUGAGAAGUACAAGUCAGCGAUGAAAAGUUGGGAGAGAAAGCAAGCGCAAUGUUCAUCGCGACUAAACGACAGCAACCAGAACGUCCACACGAAUGAAGUAUACGGGACGCCACUGGUGUGA